AUGGGGGAGAUAGAGGGCACCUACCGAGCCCUGCAGACCCCCGAAGCGCGUCUGGGCACUCAGACGAUGCCCAUGGGCAUGAGCACCCUGGAACCUGGCCAGGGUCUCGGGGCUGUGACUGUGGCCAGUAGUACGCCGGAGAAGCUCCUUCCUGUGCGGGUGAGACUGCUAGACGACUCCAUGGAGACCUUUGCCACUGAGCCCAAGAGCCAUGGCCAGGCCCUGCUGAACUCUGUGUGGAAGCGUCUGAACCUGGUGGAAUACGACUAUUUUGGGCUGGAGUUCCAGAAUGUUCCAUCUCACUGGAUCUGGCUGGAUCCUGCGAAAUCUGUCAUAAGACAAGUACGAAGGCCAAAGAAUACAGUGCUGCAGCUGGCGGUCAAGUUCUUCCCCCCUGACCCUGGUCAGCUGCAGGAAGAAUAUACUCGGUACUUGUUUGCAUUGCAGCUGAAGAGAGACCUUCUGGAGGGGCGACUGACCUGCGCCCUCACCACUGCAGCACUCCUGACCUCCCACCUCCUGCAGGCUGAAAUUGGUGAUUAUGAUGAAACCCUGGACCGGGAGCACCUCAAAGCCAAUAAGUACCUGCCCAGCCAGGAGCACUCUCUGGAGAAGGUUCUGGAAUUCCAUCAGAAGCACGUGGGCCAGACGCCGGCUGAGUCCGAUUUCCAGGUGCUGGAGAUCGCCCGAAAGCUGGAGCUGUAUGGUGUCCGGCUGCACCCCGCUGCUGACAGAGAGGGCGCCAGGAUCAGCCUGGCCGUGUCCCACAUGGGUGUCCUUGUGUUCCAGAGCACAACCAAAAUCAACACUUUCAACUGGUCUAAGGUGCGCAAACUGAGCUUCAAGAGAAAGAGGUUUCUCAUCAAGCUCCACCCAGAGGUCCAUGGACCCCACCAGGACACACUGGAGUUCCUCAUGGGGAGCAGAGAUGAGUGCAAGAACUUCUGGAAGACCUGUGUGGAGCAUCAUGCCUUCUUCAGGCUGCUUGACCAGCCCAAGCCCAGAGCAAAAGCAGCCUUCCUCAGCAGGGGCUCCUCCUUCCGAUACAGUGGAAGAACUCAGAAACAGUUGGUGGAUUAUAUCAAAGAUGGCGGAAUGAAGCGAGUUCCAUAUGAAAGAAGAUUCAGCAAGACUCAGCUGUCAGUUCAGGGCCUGCAGCGGCAGGCCAUGCCACAGGCACAGGCCAAGCUAUGCUGCAGGGAGCUGGGGGUACCCGGCCCUCGGGGCCCCCGCAGGAAUCUGUGCUUGGGCUAUUUGCUGCAGAGGCCACAGAGUGUGUCACUACCUGAGGCAUUGAGGACUCCAGUGGGGCUCUCCAUGCCUCGGGCCCCCUUCUCUGACCCUGCCUCCCCUCUGACACCUGCUGGCUUUCCUGACCUCGAGGACCGAAGCUGCUGCCAUCCCCCAGCAGAUCCCUUGACAGAGAGGAGCAGAGUGGCUGCCCGAGUCCCCGACACUGGCCGGGCACAGCCCCCCGGGGUCCCCGUGCUGCAGCCAGGCCCAGGUGCUGGGUGGGGUCCCAUGGUGAGGGGGUGCAGCAGUCCCAGUGCCUUUGGCCCAGAGCCCGGUGGGAGUGGCAAGGGGCACAGGCUGGCCAGUGGGCCCCUGCACAGCUGUGGAGGCCCCGUCUCGGUGCUCGCCAACGUCCCACUGCAGGUGUCCGAGGAGUUCAUAGACGAUGACCCUGCAGAGAUCUCUUUCUUUGCUGGUGGCUCCGAAGCCUUUGGCUUCCCCUAUGGUGGCGCCACCCUCCAAAGGCACCCGCACUCGGCUCAGUCCAGCCCAGACAGGUACUCCACAGAGGCCGUGCACCUGGAUGCCGAGGACAGCUGUAACUCAGAUGGGGAACCACGCAGCUUGCUCCCUGAGGAUACAUCAGAGCUGCUGCGUGUAAAGGCUCAGGCCAGCCUCUUACAGAGCCUGCUCAGCCCCUCAGACACCAGCUCACUUCGGAACAGCCCCUCUCAGAGCAGCUCCCUCGGACACCUGCCGCUGCUUGCGCUGUCCAUGCACACGCCCAGCUCGGCUGGCCAGUCCGAGGCCAGCUCCAUGGCCAACUUUCCUGCUGGCUCCUCCGUGCGCUCCGAGUCCAGCUCAGCCUUUCAGUUCUCUGAUAUCCUAGAUCAGCUGGAGCAGCUCAGUGGUCUGCCCGCAGCGGGUGAUGGCUCCAGUCACAGUGAAGCUGAGUCCUGGGACUCUGAGGCCGAGUCCCCCGUAGACGUCAGCCUCUUCCUCGGCCACCGUUUUGCACAGCCCACAGGCGACAGGCUGGACCUGGCGCCUGAUUGGCAGAGCGGUGGCAUGAAUGUGCUCAGUGGUGGAUUUGCCUUGCAGGAAGUCAAGCUGGGUUCCAUCCCCAGAACCCUACAAGGUCCCCCAGCCCUGCUGAAAGUGAUACCUGAGCCACUCGGAGACAAGAUGCCUCUGCCAAUGGGGCUCCCAGCUGUCCAUACCCAGAGUCCAGUCUGGUACAGGGCGCCACUUACAUCUCAUCUCCCACAGGGCUUCAGCAGCCACUUCCAGGAGAAUGACAAGGUGUUGGCCGAGCUGCAAAGGGCCAGGAGGCACACCAAGAAGCUGGAGGCCGUGUGCAGAGACUUCGAGCUCCAGAGAGUCUGCUACUUGCCACUCAGCACCUUCCUGCUGAAGCCCCUCCAGCGGCUGGUGCAGUACUGCCUGCUGCUGAGCCGAUUCUGUGAGAACUUCCCUCCAGAGCACUGUGACUCGGCCAACUGCCAUGCUGCCCUUGUGGCUAUCACGGACAUGACCCCCAGUCUCGAGCCAAGCCUCGACUGUCUAGAGAACCUUCAGGUGCUGACAGAGCUGCAGCGGGACCUGGUCAGUGUCCAAGACCUUGUCAGCCUAGGCAGGGAGCUCAUCCGUGAGGGCAGCCUGCACGAGCUCACCAGGAAGGGUCUGCAGCAGAGGCUGUUCUUCUUGUUCUCAGACAUGCAGUAUGUGAGCAGAGGCCCAGGAGAGAGCAGGUUCCAGACCCGGAGCCUCGUCCCACUGCAUGGCGUGCAGUUGAGUCCACAGGGCCUACUCCUGCCUCCCAUCCCAUCCCAUCCCCUUAGCCUAUCCUGUCUCCGGAGCACCACCAGGGGUGAUCCCUGGGUGCAGAAACAGGAGAAAGCCCUGAGCACUACCAGGAGUGGCCCCAAAACCAAACUGGACUGGAGUAGUAGCACAGUGGGAAAGGCACUUGCCUUGCAUGCAGCUGACCUGGGUUUGAGACUCAGCAUCCCAUAUGGUCACCCAGUUUAUGCAAUGUCUAAGUGGAGAGAGAGUGUCCAACCUGUCCUGCACAGCUUUGCCAUCUGCAACCUACACAGGACCAUCGUGGUGGCAGCCAGCACUCAGCUGGAGAAGGAAAAAUGAACCCGAGACCUGAACGCCACCAUCCAAGUGGCCAGUGAUGGAGGAUGGUCUGACAAAGUGUUUCUGGAGCAGGAGGCCCAACAGGACACAUUUGGAGCACACGGUGCCCAGACCCUGGCUGACUCCAUGGCACACGUGUGCUGGAGCCGCAACACCAGCAUCUCUCGGGCAGACUGCAGAACUGCUGUUCAGAACCAGCUGUCGGGCUACCUGCUGAGGAAGUUCAAGAACAGUGACGGCUGGCAGAAACUCUGGCUGGUCUUCACCAAUCUAUGCUUGUUCUAUAAAAACCACCAGGAUGACCACCCACUGGCCAGCCUCCCACUGCUGGGCUACAAAGUGAGCAUGGCGAGGGCUGCUGACGGCAUCCACAAGCGCCACAUCUUCAAGCUGCAGUUCAAGGCCCACAUCUACUUCUUCCGUGCCGAGGACAAGUUUGCAUUCAGGAGGUGAUGCGCAGUGGGCUGAGGGCUGAGGGUUGGGGGGCUCCCAGCAUAAAUCUGCCCAUGCAAGUGAGGCAUCUCUGGCAGGUGCAUGGAGGUGAUCAAGACAGCCUGCAGCUCUGCCCAGUAGCUGGGUCCCUCUGAGAGGACAAGAGCAGAGCAACUGCAUCUGGUCCCUCACCCGAGUCUUCCAGAGCCAGAUGGUGUUUGUACAGUGACAUCAGGGAUAAACUGAGGGGGCCUAUGGGAGUGGGGGGACUUCACGACCUCUAUUCUGAGACGUGGCCUGUCCAGGCCAGAAUAAAGAUGCUGCCCAGGUUUGCUUGUCCCGUCCGUCCUCUGUCCUCAGGAGCCAGUGGGUGUGUCUUCAAUUCAGGUCUUUAUUCAGAGUGGCAGGAGCUGCCCAUGUUCUAGGAAAACUAACAGACAGGCUACAAGGGACGAAGGGAGUUCAGUUCUCUUAAAAAACCACAUUCUGGCCAACACGAGCACGGCAGACACACGGCACCUGAGCCAACACCACGAGGCAGAAACCAGCCGGCAAGGGUGACCUGGCGAGGGCGGUGGGGGGCAGACCUGUGGGCUGACCACUCCCAGGCCUGAGGGCCAUGGCUGCGGAGACAC